AUGCUUCCCGGAAUCGGAAUGUUCGGGACGGGCGAAGUGACCCACGUUCUGGUGCCGAUCUUGCGUGACAAAGGCUUCAGCAUCGCGGCCAUCUGGGGCCGCACGGCGGCGGAAGCGGAGCAGGCGGCCCAGGAGCUCCGGAUACCGUUCCACACGGCCAAGAUCGACGACGUGCUGCUGCGGAAGGACGUUGACCUCGUGUUUAUCACCUGUCCACCGUAUCUGCACUCGCAGAUUUCCGUAAAGGCGCUCGGAAUCGGAAAGCACGUCGUUUGCGACAAACCGAUGACGUUGCUGCAGACCGAUGCGCUCAAGAUGGUGCGCGCUUGCCAGUACUAUCCGACACUUAUUUCGAUCGUCAACCACUCGCUCCGCUUUCUGCCCGCGAUCGCACACAUGCGGCGAGCGAUCCACGAGGGUUACCUCGGCCCGGCCUCCGACCUGUCGCUGAUCGACGUGAAAGUGCGCAUGGGAUCGCUGUUCCGGACACGGUACGAUUGGCUGUGCGAUGAGACGAUGGGUGGCGGAGCGCUCAAUCUCGUCGGCAGCCAUGUGAUUGAUUUGGUAAAGUUUCUGACCGAGCGCAAAGCGAUCCGCGUGCACGGAACGGUGCGAACGUACGUGCAGCACGUGAACGGGAUCGCCGGGAUACGGCGCAUCACGGCGCCGGACUUUUGCACGUUCCAGAUGGAGCUCGAGGGCGGCAACGGUGGCCCGGGGACGCUCGUGACGGUCAACGUGAACUGCCACCUGUCGAACAACUCGUUCCACCAGGAGGUGGUCGUGUACGGGCCGAACGGUCACUUGACGGUGCGCGGUGGCGAUCUCGUCGGCCACCGGCGGAACGGGGACACCGGCACCAUCAAGGAGGAGAUGCUGUACGUGGACGUGCAGGACUUGCAGUUUUCGCCCGGCGGCCAGGACACCGUGCUGCCGCGGCCCUACGUGAAGGGGCUCUGCAAGUUGGUCGGUGCGCUGCGGGAUGCAUUCCACCCGAACAAGGAGAGCGCGGGAUGGAUCAAGGAACCGGUACAGGCGGCGGCCACCUUCGAGGAUGGGCUGUACGUGCAGGCGGUGCUGGACGCGGUACGGAAGUCGAGUGACGAGCGGUGCUGGACGAAGGUUUCGAUCUGCACCGACUCUCCGACGAACCAGAAGGGGGCUCUGGCGAAUGCCGCCGCCCGGAUCGCGUCCGGCUCGGUCAUUCGGGUCGACCCCAGUAUUAACCACGCAGCCGGCUACUUCUGA